AUGUCUCAAGUCAACGUUAUCAAUGUGAUUGCUCACAACUCUAAAGCUCCUUUCUUGUCUAACAUUAACUUCGAAAUCUAUUUCGAGGCUCUCUAGCCACUUUCUAAAGUGCUUACAUGGAGAAUCAUCUAUAUUGGUCAGGCUUCAGACCCCAACAACGAUCAGAUUCUCUAAGAUGCUGAGAUGGAAGAACUCUAAGCUGGGCAAAUGAAGUUCGUCCUCGAGGGCCAACCACCUGAUGUGUCAAGAAUCCCAGAAUGCGACAUUGUGGGAGUGACAGGCAUCUUGCUCACCUGCUCUUACAACAACCAAGAGUUCUUCAGAGUCGGAUACUAUGUGAACAACUACUACGACGACCAGGAGCUGAAUGAGAAUCCUCCUAUUAAGCCAGAGAUCGAGAGACUCACUCGUCACAUCCUAGUCGAGAAGCCAAGAGUCACCAAGUUCCAAAUUCAAUGGGAGGACGAGGCUUCUCUUGCUCAGCAGCAAAUGAUGUACGGUGCUAACAAUGAGAACGACCCCAACAUGGUCAACAUGAUGCAGCAGCAACAGCAACUUGAAGGCAUGCUUGAGAAUGGCUCUCAAUUCAAGGACAGAAAUGACAUGAUGAGUUCAGCCAAUCUUGCUCAAGCUGCUCAGAAUUUCUAUGGCUAGUGA